GUAGUAUUCCGUAUUCUACGCAAGUACAUGAUCACUUCCGCGUUCCUCACAUAGCAACAGCAGCAGAGCCAAAAUGGCGACCGGCGGAGAUCCUGCGUGACACCGAGCUGAGUCUCAGCACCGAACCCUGCGGUUCCUCAUCGGCGCCAUGGCCUCCGCUCACGGGCGGCUGGGUCAACACCUCCAGGCCGUGCUGGAUGUGGUUCUAAGGGUCCCGAGCAUCUUUAUAAUCGACGCCAUAUUCAACUCGUACUCAGAUCCCGGUACCGGAUGGACCGGAACCGCCGGGAGAGCAUUAAUCCGCGCACUGGGUAUUCUGGUUUCCAGCGUGGUUCUGGUGCUUUCCCAGAAGUCCCUGUUCAAGUUCUACACUCUGUUCGCUGCCGUUCUGCUGGGCGCGGCGUCGGUCCUCAUCAACUACUACGGCACGUCGCACAUCGAAUUCUACAGCGCGUAUAACCGAGCGGCGCUGGGCUUGGGCCUGCUGCAGCUAAUGCUAGGACUGGGCUACGUUUCGCUGCUGAACGUGCCGUCGCUCUGCGCCGCGUUGCUGGUGCUGGACGUCAUGCUCCCGCUGUGGGGACUGAUGCUGGAGCUCCCGGCGCACGUGCGUCAGGCGCUAGCGCUAGCGUCGGGGGCGGUUCUCGCGACGCAUGCGACCGUUAAUCUGCUUCGGAAGCUGAAGUGGUUCUACUACUCGUGCCGCUACGUCUAUCUACUCCUGCGCCAUAUGUACCGCAUCUACGGCCUGCAGCUGCUGCUGGAGGACACCUGGAAGCGCAUACGCUUCCCUGACAUCCUCCGCGUUUUCUGGCUAACGCGCAUGACGGCGCAAGCAGUCAUCCUAGUGUACGUAGUUCGUGUGGUUCGCUCGGAAAGCGGCCUGCAGCUCGGAUGGGACUUGUUUUGGGACUUGACCAGCAACUUGAUCAUCAGCGGCUGCGAUUCGACGCUCACUGUGUUGGGAAUGAGCGCCGUUAUCUCGUCGCUGGCGCAUUACUUGGGACUUAGCAUCCUAGCGUUCAUCGGCUCAACCGAGGAGGAGGAUAAGCGGCUGGGGUUUGUCGCGCCAGUGCUGUUCUUCAUCCUCGCUUUGCAGACGGGACUAAGCGGACUGGAUCCCGAAGAGCGACUGAUCCGGCUUAGCCGGAACAUGUGCCUUCUGCUAACCGCGAUUCUACAUUUCAUCCACGGAAUGACGGAUCCGGUGCUAAUGUCGCUAAGCGCCUCGCAUGUUUCGUCAGUGCGCAGGCAUGUUCCCGUCCUGCUGGUGUCGCUAGGCCUGUUCGCUCUCCCCGUCCUGCUCAGCUACGUUCUCUGGCAUAACUACGUGCUAAACACGUGGCUCUUUGCUGUCACCGCGUUCUGCGUGGAGCUCUGUCUCAAAGUCCUCGUUUCGCUCACCGUCUACGCGCUUUUCAUGAUCGACGGAUUCUACAAUGUGCUCUGGGAGAAACUGGACGACUACGUCUACUACGUGCGCUCCACUGGCAACGUCAUCGAGUUCGUCUUCGGCGUGAUCAUGUUCGGAAACGGCGCUUAUACGAUGAUGUUCGAGUCGGGAAGUAAAAUCCGCGCGUGCAUGAUGUGCCUGCACGCGUAUUUUAACAUCUACCUGCAGGCGAAGAACGGCUGGAAGACGUUUAUCAACCGUCGCACGGCGGUCAAAAAGAUCAACUCGCUCCCGGAGGUCAAAGGCACGCAGCUGAGGGAGAUCGAGGACGUUUGCGCCAUCUGCUAUCAGGAGUUCGCCGCGUCCGCGCGCAUUACGCCGUGCCACCAUUAUUUCCACGCGCUGUGUUUGCGCAAGUGGCUGUAUAUUCAAGACACGUGUCCCAUGUGCCACCAGCGCGUAUACAUCGAGGACGACGGACACGAGCGCACCGCGUUCUCCAAUAACAACGGCUACGCCGCGCCGGGGCAGGAGAGGGCGGAGUUUGAGGGAGAAGAGGGUGGGGCCGAUGUGGGCGGGGCCGCCGGAGGGGUGGAGCCUGAAGAGCUUCUGGAGGACAACGACAGCAUCGAGUACGACGAGGAAGAGUGGGGGACGCAACCGGGCGUGACGCUCGUAGAAGAAGAGUACAUUAACGACGACACGGACUCCAACUGAAGCAGCACGGAUAUUUAAAUGAAAAAUGAUUGUGAGAUCAGGGACGUUAUCUUUUGUUUGCGUGUGUGUUCAUAUAAAAGGGCUGAUCUUGUGUUUUUCCUGAAAUGCUCUUGACCAUGUUUGGCUGAACGAUAAAGAGUAGGGCUGCAAAAGGAUUAAUCGUGAUUAAUUGAUUCGAUAUAUAAAAGUUUGUUUACAUACUAUAUGCGUGUGCCCUGUAUAUAUAUAUAUAUAUACACAUACAUGUAUAAAUUAAGGAAAAAUGUUCUAUUUAGCUUUUAAAUAUGUACAUAUACACAGUACACACACAUAUAGUAUGUAAACACAAACUUUUAUUUUGAAUCGUUUUGCAGCCCUAAUAAAGAGUGGCGUGCUACUGUAAUCGCAGUAUACCUCGAUAUGAUCACUACUGGUCUCUUGUGUGACCUCUCUUAUAAUUGUGUACAUUAUUGUACAUGUAAUAAAAGAAUGAUACACUGACGUUUGACAGUUGUCCACUGGAGAAAGCUGAAUCAGCUGUUAAUCUCAGUUUGACUGCGAUAUAUUACGCUCUCCGGCAGCAUUUUUCGACUCUCCUCAGUAUCUGAUAGUAUCACACGGUGUUGCUUUAUGACCUGCCUGCCGCAUUUUACAAUGCAAUUAACACGUUUCUCCAAAACGCAGCAUUUUGUUUCCUGAUUUCUGGUGUUGUUGUUGAAUGCAGUAACUCCAUAGAUGCGUGUUUGAUUUCAGGUUAAACUGUUGAUUUGCCAAGAGAACUGAUGUAAAUAAAUAAUCUGCUUUAGUUCUUUUGUAAAUAAAACAAUUAAGCUAAAGUUCUAAGUUCGAAGUGAUCUGGAACUUUGCACUUGAUUAUA